AUGUUCUCAAUGCUCAAGAUCAUUGCUCUUGUGGGAUUCGUCGCUCUUGUAGCUGCCGUCAAGGAUCAAGAUAGCUGCGGAGCUGGUAUGACUUGGCAGUGUGGUCACCACGGCUGCGACACGCCCAACAACGUUUGCCUUAACGACCGCAAGCUCAACUGCUGCGCGUGUGUCGAUCCCGAGAACUGCUAA